AUGAGACAUAAUGAUGAAAUGAAAAGAACGAAAGUGAGAAAAUUCAUCCUUCUGUCGCUUCGUAUACUUCACAUUAAACGUAUUCGUUCUAUUCGACUUCAUUACGGCCCAUCUCUAAAUAAAUCCCGUUUGUAUUAAACGAGACGUCUGUUCAUAGAUCAUCUUAUUUGUUUAGAUUAUCUGCAUGUAAAAUGAAAAUAUCUUGUACUAGUUGAAAAGCCGUGCACAAAAACGUCUUCAUGCACAUUUCUGUCUUUUUUCCGUGCACCUUUCUGUAACUGUGCACAAAAAUGUCAAAAGAUUUUUUAGUGUACGGAAAAUAGCAAACCAUGUUCAAAAACAGCAAAAAACAUUUUUCCCAAAUCCCAUUUUGUUUCUUUUUAAAUUCAAAGCUUUCGCCCAAUGAACUUAUAGUGCUAAAUAACGAAAGGUGCAUGAAAUAUAAACACAUUGUUUCCAUCUGAUUAUAUGUCAUAACACUAUAUUAGAGCUGGACGAGUACAGAAGAGUCCUACGUCCUACGUUUUUUCAAAAUGUUACUUUUUCUUAUUUUCAAACUACUGCAAAAAUCUUCACAACAAUGCUUUGUUACGCUUUGACAUUGUCAGCACAGCUAAAUCUUUUUCGAGAAACUUGAUUUUCUUCGUCUAAUUGAAAAUCCUGUUGUGAAAAAAUUUAACAUCAUAUACUCUUUACAGAAUAGAGAUCGUCCCGGGCCACGUUUUUACGGCCCGGUCCGUGCUAGGCUCAAGAAUUUUGGCCCUGUCCGGCUAGGAGUGAACGUAUACAUUUUUUGGAGCGGCCCGUACAGAUCGGGCCAAAUGUAUUCUACAUUCUACGAAUCAAGCAUCUCGAAGUCUGUUUGAAUAGAUAAGCGAUAUUUUGACAUAGCAUUAAUCGAUUUACCAUCGAUGGAAUUUCGUCAUUCAAAAUUUCACAGUCACUUAAGAACAAAAUAACUAUAAAAAACAGAAAUUCUAGCCAGUAGCUUUAGCAGUAUCUAGAACAGAUACUCAAAGGAUAGUCAGCUUUGUCAGCGACAUUUUCAAGUGAAGGUAGUGUCUUUUUCUCACAUUUAAUAUGAGUGUUGCCGUUCGAUGUUGUCUUGUAAUUUUAUCGACUUUUUGGGUAAAAGGCUGGGCUCGCAUGCGGGCCAUCAAAUUACAGCCCGGUCCGAUCCGGCCCGUAAACAAAAUUCAAAAACGUAGACCCGGCCCGUGGGAACCCAUGGACCUCCAUGGGUUUUCCCAGCCCCCGCAAAUUAUUCGUCCGAUUGAAUUGGAAGUACAAAUUGCACAUCGUAGCUCAUUCACUCGUGCAGAAGAAAAAUUGACAUCCUCAUUUGAGCCAAUUACCUAUAGACCAUCAACAAAAUGGACAAAUCAACUGAGCACAAAAGAAUUGUUAGAAAAAAAGAUUGAUUUAAGGAAUCAAUUUACCUAUGAAAUUGAUUUUACCGAAUACAAGGAACAGUUUUUAACAAAUGCUGCUAAAAAGCUUGAUGGAUUAACAGCAUUUGGUUUAGCAUAA